AUGAACUCUGUGAAAGCUCAAGCAUUCGUGCGCCUUCAGUUCAAACGUCUGAAGCGAAACUUUUCCACGGCUUCCUUCAAGCUGCGAGAAGUUCGACAGCACGAGAAUGAAUCCGCUUUUGCGUGGUACUCCCGCCAAUUGGACGAACGGCCCAUUGUCACCAAAGCUGCUUCUGCUGCCGUCAUUUCGUCUACGGGCAACAUUUUGGCACAGUACAUCAAGUUCCAUACGGAUCAAGAAGAGGCCAAAGAAGACUAUGAAACGCGAAUGGCCAAUGCGAAUGGAGAAACCGCCCUUGCAGAGCUUCGAGAAGAAGAGAAGAAGUUUAUUGUGCAAUGGGGCGCAGUGGGUCGAUUUGCCUUUUUGAAUGCCGUCUUUGUGGCUCCAGUCUUGCACCAUUGGUAUUCCUUUAUCAAUCGUUCCGUUCCUGGAACCUCCAUUGCUCGGGUCAUGCAACGAACCUUUUGGGAUGAGUUUGUCUUUUCGCCGAUUUACAUCCCUGCCUUUUUGGGCGGUCUUUGGACUCUCGAAGGAACCUCACCGGACAAGAUCAAGACCAUGCUGUCCAACGAGCUGGGACAAAUCAUCGUGGCGGAAUGGAUUUUGUGGGUCCCCACCAUGUUGGUGACCUUUCGAUACGCCCCCGUCAAGUUCCAAGUCCUUGUUAUUAACUGUGUCGGCGUAGUCUGGCAGACUUUUUUGAGCUUCAUGGCCAACAAUGCCCACGACAAGCAAGAAGUUGUUGAUGACAACAAUAACAACAACAAGGUGGCAAAGAAAAAUCGGUUCAAGGAAGUCAUGGGUACUAUUGGUGGUAUUACAGAAACAUACUUGGACGAGAUUUUCUUCCAAAUUGAAGCAUGGUGA